AUGCGCGCUCGGCUCGGCCCGGCCCGACCCGGCCCGGCGCCGCUCGGUUCGGCUCGGCCCAGCGCGGGCAGCCAUGGCCGCCUCCGUGUUCUGCUGCCUGCGCUGGUGCGGGGAGGGCGGCGGCGGCCACAUCCCGCUGAAGGAGAUGCCCGCCGUGCAGCUGGACACGCAGCGCAUGGGAACAGAUGUCGUCAUUGUCAAAAAUGGCAGAAGGAUAUGUGGCACGGGAGGCUGCUUAGCCAACGCACCGUUGCAUCAGAACAAGAGCUAUUUCGAGUUUAAAAUCCAGUCCACAGGGAUUUGGGGUAUUGGAGUUGCAACCCAGAAAGCAAACUUGAAUCAAAUCCCCCUUGGUCGAGAUGUCCAUAGCCUGGUGAUGAGGAAUGAUGGAGCUCUCUAUUAUAACAACGAGGAGAAAAAUAGGCUGCCAGCAAACAGCCUUCCUCAGGAGGGCGACGUGGUGGGGAUUACAUAUGAUCAUGUAGAAUUAAAUGUGUAUUUAAAUGGGAAGAACAUGCAUUGUCCAGCCUCAGGAAUCAGGGGGACUGUCUAUCCAGUGGUAUAUGUUGACGACAGUGCCAUUCUGGAUUGUCAGUUCAGUGAAUUUUACCAUACACCUCCACCAGGGUUUGAAAAGAUCCUCUUUGAGCAGCAGAUCUUCUGAGUGGCCUCAUCCUGACAACUUGCACCCUGCACCGUUACAAAAGCUUUGUCAUCUUAAAUAAAGCUUCACGUUACCUUUAGGAAACAUACCUGUAUUUUUAGUAAGUACUUGUGACUGUUGUCUGCAGAAGGGAUGCGUAAACUGCAACAUCAGAUCGUUGUGCUGUAAAAUGCCAGGUUUCUGACGAUGUUUUGUGAGUGAAAACGAGUUAUUCAGGGCAGGUUUUUGUUUGUCUGUUUUCUGAUUUGUACUUGAUGCAUAAGGAAACUAAGGGAUAUAAUUGAUACCAGUAUUAAAUUUAGUAUUUUGAAUCAACUUAGUCUCUGUAAACUGGUUCUCUUUCGAGAGCUUUUUACUGAGUUGAGCUCUGUAAAAAUAGUUCUUAUGCACAUAAUAGCUGUGGAGAUUGAUAUUUCUUACAAUUUUUUCCUGAUUUUUUUUCCACACAGAAGUUAUGUAUCUUGUUUAAAGGAAGGACUGUUUCUAGUCAGUAAUCUGGAAUUGCAGUGGCCCUGUUGUGCUCAAUGACUAGUAAUAUGAUGGCAUAACAGGCAGCUAGAUUUUUUUUAAGUUUAAAUUAUCUAUUCCCUCAACCUUGUCACCUGGCAUAUAUCUCCUAAGUUGUCAUUUGUUUUGACUGUGACAAAUAGCAGGAUGCUUUCUAGUAAUAAUUCAAGUAUUACUUUGCUGAACCUUGAAAAGCAAACCUGAAUAUUGGAUGUGCUUUUGAGGACCAUCAAGCUGCAUUACUCUGGUGGCAGAGGAAGUAGAGAUUGCUCAGCUUGGGUACAUGGAGAGACAGGGGAAGGGUAUGGGAUGUUACGGUGAAGCUUUACAUCUGAACUGUAAAUCUGAUUAUUCUUUUGUGGAAUAUCGUAUUUAAUGUCUUUAUGAAUCAUUUAUAAAAUGAUUAGUGGCUAAGACAUUGUUCUAAAAUGUGAUGCCCAUAAGUAUAAAUUAUUUUCCUCCUGUCAUGUAUUUAAUAUACUUCCUAGAAGAAUUCUUAUUAUAAGAAAAUCUUCAUACUGGCUGUUUGGUUUUGUUUUGGCUUUUCCUGGGUUAAUGCAUUUACCUGAAUGAAUAACUUUAUUUUCUAAAAAAUAUUUAAAUAUCUGAUUUGAACAUAUAGUUUCCAAAUAUAAACAACUUGCUUACCUCACAAUUUUCUGCAUCUGCUCUAAGAAGAGCAGUGCCAUUCUCAGAGGCCCACGUUGUCCUGCCUUUCAGCCUUGCUUUCACAGAGCAGCAUGGAGUGCAGAAUUCCAGCCCACAAGGAACGAUGCCCUGUUCAACGCUGAUAUAAAGAGAAGGGAGUUUGGAGGGCAGUGUUGUAGCCAUCCCUUGGGAUCUGCUCUGCCUGCUGUGGUCAGAGACAUCAUCUGCAGCAUCUGAGACCUUCAUCCUUGAGGUGAUGCCACUCUGCUAGUUGACACAUACCAUAAUGUUUCAGUAAUCACGUUUGUCAACUCUCUAAACUUUGACUGGUUAUAUAUUCCUUUUUUUUGUAAGUGAAGAGAUAGGGAAGGCCUCUGCCCUCUUUCCCUUUGAUAUGUUUGAACGAUGCYUUGAACAGCGAUUCUUUGCCAUGAAACGCUACUGAGAUGAGAAGUUUUCAUUCCAUAAGAAGCACUGUCAUGCUCCUAGGGAAGAGGGAAGCAUUUAAAGACAUUCUUAUCUC